AUGAGUGCCAGCAGAAAGUCCGAUGCAGUCUUCCUCCAGGCUUUCGGGUCAUCGACUUACGUGUGGGGCUUGAAACCUCAGUCAUCCCUACUUGCAGCCACCCGUGCCACAGUCGAUGGGAUGAAGAAAGAGGGGGGUCUCCCUGCUUCAAAACUGCCCAAAACAAUUGAGGACGCAAUUGAAAUUUGUGUUCGAAUGGGCGAGAGGUAUUUGUGGGCUGACAGGCUCUGCAUUAUUCAAGAUGACGCAGAUGAUAUGAAAAAUCAAAUAGAGGCUAUGGGCGAAAUAUAUUCCUCCGCGCAAAUUGUACUCGUGGCUGCCUAUGGCGAUAGUAUGGAUUUUGGAAUUCCAGGCAUCGGCGACCCAAGAAAGGCAGUUCAACAUAGUGAAGAUGUCCUUGAUUUGCGAAUUACAAAUGUGAUUCGAGAUGUUAAAGAUGAUCCGCUUGACGUGUGGGCGACUCGCGGAUGGACAUACCAAGAGGCUGUUCUUUCGAACAGGCGGCUCUACUUUACAAACACUCGAGCCUUUUUUGAGUGUGAACAAUUGAUCUGCCACGAGGAUCAGUUCAACGUCGAACAGAGUCGGAAUGAGCUCUUCUCGACCAGGCUGAUUAUUCCCGAGGAUCGUUCCCGUUUUCAAUCCUUUACGCGUCAUCUUAGGCAUUACACCUCCAGAAAGCUCACAUAUCGGUCUGACGCUCACAAAGCACUGUAUGGUAUCUCCAUGUCGUUAUACAAAGGAACUGGCGCCUUUAUAAACGGACUACCGGUAGUAGACUUUGACCGCGCGUUGUUAUGGUACCCUGAGACUGGUACAAACGUUAUAGAGCGUCACCAAACUCAGGGAGAAAUCUUACCGACGUGGUCAUGGUCAUCAGUUAUGGGCCUGUUCGAUCCAGUCCACUACCGAGCAUCGGACUUCUAUGGAACUCUAACCCCUUGGUAUCACAUAAAUGGCCCUGUCCCAUCUUCUGGUUCUAUAGCAGCCUUAAAUUCUCACCCUGACUCGGAACCGGAUGAUGAUUGGCAGCUAUACAUGGCUAUUGCAAUUAAGGAAGGUUGCGUGGGAGAUGUCUCCCUCGAUUUCUCCUUGGCAACCGAUAACUUCCCGACCGUGCGUGAGCUGUUCAAUACCCGCUGGCAAGAUUACCACUUAUUCCGCAGGGAAGCCAUACCGUUGACCAUUAAGACGUCUGGAUUACCACGUGGCAUUUCCACGGAAGGAGUCAUAGCAACAAGGUCCCACACUGCACUUCUCAGAGUGACUCCGAGACCUCUCUAUUCCUUUGAUAUCAUCAACUCAGAAGGAGACAUAAUCGGCGACUUCUGCGGAGAUGCGGCAAAACUGAGAGAAGAAGCCCUCUCUCCGGGAUAUAACUCGUGUGCUGAGUUCGAAUUUAUCGCUCUCUCACUGUCCGGGAUCAGACCUAUAUCAGAGGAGUCUAUUCAGAAGAACUAUGUUGAUGUUGAUGGAAACUCGUUGAAUAAGGUACCCAUCGUGAAUGUGUUGAUGAUUGCCAAUAAUGGGGGUUUUGCACAUCGUCGGGCGCUGGGUUGGAUAUAUCUUAUUGACUGGGCCAGGCUGCGGCGAGAGUGGAAAACCAUCGUGCUUGAGUGA